AUGGCUCUGCAGCAGCCCGCGGAGGCUGAGCUCCAGGACAAGGCGUGCUACCCGCUCGAAAGGUUCCAGAGCACCCCGCAUCACCUGGCCGCUUACUACGCGUCUUUCCCAAGCUACGGCCACUACGGGAACGCCUUACCCUCGAGCGAGGAGAGCCUGCAGCCUUUCCCGCAGACAGAGUCCUCGGUGGCCGCCACCCAGGCGACCGCCCCUUUCCCCUUCCGAAUGGCGCCUCCCUUGCUGAGCCCCGAGCUGGCUCUGCAGAGUGAGCCUUUCUAUAACCUGCCCUGGUACAGCAAGCUGUCCACGUGGUACCCAAUCCCCCCCCUCCCCAGGGAGGCGCCACCCUGCCCGAACAGCACGGAGUGCACAGGUGACAUCAGUCACGAUCUGGUUUCCUUUGGUGGCCUCAGCAACAGUGGCCAGUGUUGGGGGCCUGAAACGUUCUUUCUGCCUCCUUCUGUGGUUGCUUCCCUGUUACCCGAGGGACUGAAGAGCUCCCAGCCGAUAUCUGCCUCCAAAGCCCUGAACCAAGACAAACUGCCAGGUCCUCGCUUCCAGUUCACCCAGGAGGAGCUGCACUUUGUCUUAUAUGGCGUCACACCCAAUCCAGAGCCCCAAGUCCGUCUGCACCACGCGAUUUCAGGCUUCCCGGUCCCCACAGAAAGUUCGGGACCAAGCCAUCUUCCCCAAACUCUGGAUAAAGACUCGCUCCAGCUUCCAGAAGGUCUCUGCAUCAUGCAGGCGAUGGUUGGCAGCAUUCCUCAUCUUGGUGUGUUCUGCAGCAAUUUCAUUGCUAAAGGCAUCCGGUUUGGCCCCUUUCGGGGUAAAGUGGUCAACGCUAGUGAAGUCAAGACCCACCGGGACAACUCUCUGAUGUGGGAGAUCUUUGAAGAUGGUCACUUGAGCCACUUUAUUGAUGGAAAAGGUACUGGACACUGGAUGUCUUAUGUCAACUGUGCCCGCUUCCCCAAGGAACAGAACCUGAUGGCAGUACAGCAUCAAGGGCAGAUAUUUUAUGAGAGCUGCAAGGAAGUCUACCAGAACCAGGAGCUCCUCGUGUGGUAUGGAAACUGCUAUGAGAAGUUCCUGGAUAUUCCUAUGAGCCUUCAGGCCCCUGAGCAGGGCAACCAGCCGGCUGGGCAAUCUGAUGAGUCUGCAGAAGGCUACAGGUGCGAGAGGUGUGGAAAGGUGUUUACUUACAGAUACUACAGAGAUAAGCACCUCAAGUACACCCCAUGUGUGGACAGGGGGGACAGAAAAUUUCCCUGUUCUCUCUGCAAACGAUCCUUUGAAAAACGGGACCGGCUCCGGAUCCACGUCCUUCAUGUCCAUGAGAAGCACAGGCCUUACCUGUGCUCUAUCUGUGGGAAAUGUUUCUCUCAGUCCUCCAGCCUGAACAAGCAUAUGCGGGUGCACUCCGGAGACAGGCCAUACCAGUGUGUAUACUGCACGAAGAAAUUCACUGCGUCCAGCAUCCUCCGCACACACAUCAGGCAGCACUCGGGGGAGAAGCCCUUCAAGUGCAAGUACUGCGGCAAACCGUUCGCCUCCCACGCUGCCCACGACAGCCACGUGCGACGCUCGCACAAAGACGACCAGAGUGGCACCUGCAGCCUCUGUGGGAAAUCCUUCCCGGAUCAAGAAGCGUUCUACACCCACCUGAAGUUCCAUGGAGACUACUAG